AUGAUACUUGGUCCAACACGCACCCCUUUUGAAAAUCGAAUUUAUGAGUUGAGGAUUGAGUGCGGACCUAAAUAUCCAGAUGUCCCUCCUACGGUUAGGUUUGUUACCAAAAUACGCAUGCAUGGUGUCAAUGAAAACACUGGCGAAGUUGAUCCUCGGAUGUUUGCAACUCUUUCUAACUGGACUCGCGGAAAUUGCAUACGUCAUGUUCUUUUAGACGUACGCAGAAAAAUGUCUGCAUCCGAAAACUCAAGAAUUGCACAACCUCCGGAAAAUUCCACGUUCUAA